GAGGGACACGUGUGCCGGGAGGGAAGCAGGAAGUGACUUCGGGAGAGGAGCCGGCCGAGCCAGCGGCAGCGGGGCUGAUGGAAGUGGAGUGGGGGCUUGAGAGGGCACCGUACUGUAUCCAGCAUGCUCCAAGGCCACAACUCUGUGCUCCAGGCGUUGCUGGGGACCUUCUUCACCUGGGGGCUGACGGCAGCUGGGGCAGCUCUCGUGUUCAUAUUCUCUAGUGGACAGAGGCGGAUCUUGGAUGGAAGUCUUGGAUUUGCUGCAGGGGUCAUGUUAGCGGCUUCUUACUGGUCUCUCCUGGCCCCGGCAGUGGAGAUGGCCACGUCCUCUGGGGGUUUUGGUGCCUUUGCCUUCUUCCCUGUGGCCAUCGGCUUCACUCUCGGAGCUGCGUUUGUCUACCUGGCUGACCUCCUGAUGCCUCACCUGGGUGCCGCAGAAGACCCCCCAACGGCCCUGGCACUGAACUUCGCCCCUGCGUUGAUGAAGAAGUCUGACGCUGAGGGUCCCAGGCUGCUGUUCCCCGAGAGGGAACUUUCCAUCCGGAUAGGUAGAGCUGGGCUUCUUUCAGACAAGAGUGAGAACGGGGAGGCCUAUCAGCGGAAGAAGGCGGUGGCCGCGGGUCUUCCCGAGGGCCCUGCUGUCCCGCCGCCUCCUCGAGGGAACCUGGCGCAGCCCCUUGGCGGCAGCUGGAGGAGGAUCGCGCUGCUCAUCUUGGCCAUCACCAUACACAACAUUCCAGAGGGUCUUGCUGUUGGCGUCGGAUUUGGGGCUGUGGAAAAGACGGCAUCCGCCACCUUCGAGAGUGCCAGGAAUUUAGCCAUUGGAAUCGGGAUCCAGAAUUUCCCGGAGGGCCUCGCUGUCAGCCUCCCCCUGCGAGGGGCUGGCUUCUCCCCCUGGAGAGCCUUCUGGUACGGGCAGCUAAGCGGCAUGGUGGAGCCCCUGGCAGGGGUCUUCGGUGCCUUUGCCGUGGUGCUGGCUGAGCCCCUCCUGCCCUACGCCCUGGCCUUUGCUGCUGGUGCCAUGGUCUAUGUGGUCAUGGACGACAUCAUCCCCGAGGCUCAGAUCAGUGGUAACGGGAAACUGGCAUCCUGGACCUCCAUCCUGGGAUUUGUGGUGAUGAUGUCACUCGAUGUCGGCCUGGGCUAGUGCUGAGAUGCCUCAGAGCCCAGGAAAAGCAGCACAAGGAAACUGCAGUGGCUGGCUUCUACGGGACCACACGCCUCUUCCUUUACAUUAAAACAUUUUUCCUUUCUCUCCUUUUCAUCUCAUUAUCCUGAUUGACUCUGAUCAUAACAUGACAAUUUUUACUUUUCUCUUGAGGGAGAUAAUAGUUUUAUUUAGAAUGUCAAGGUGUCACGGAACAACAGAUUUUUGUUUCUGGCCACUGAAUAGAAUCUUUCUUCGGCGGGAUUACCAAGGACACACAGAUCAGGGAAAUCUCUGCUUUCACACCCUCAGUCUCUCUCACUGGACUCUGUGGCAGCUUGUCAAGUUCACCUGGAGGAGCAAGCUGCUAAGAGAGAAGCUUCCAAGCAUUUUUUGCCUCGUGACUCAGAGCAGAAUGGUCAGGACCUCUCUCGUCCAUCCCUCCUGACCUCUCACCAUUGAGCAUCUACCCGUUAGACCAGAACUGGAACAUCAUGGACAGAGCAACCAACUUUCCAAGGUUCAGCCAGCCUAAGGAGGAAUACGACUUCCUCCUGUGUCCCCCCGAGGGACACGCUGGAUGGGAAGGGACACAGACAAAGGGAAGAAAAUCAGUUUGUCUUUUUCUUUCUUUCUUUCUUUUUUCCUUUUCCAAGGCAAAGAUUGACACUAUUGAAGUUAAGGGAAUUAGGGAAUUCGGAGAGCCACGAACACAGUGAACCCUGUAAAGGCAGAGAGCAGCUUUGCUCAGAGACCUCUGCUUUCUAUGGAUUCCAAGAGCAAAGUGGUUUGUCAUGGUUUCCAGAUCCCCUAGACAUUUCUUUCAAUACGUUUAUAGCCUCCAGUUUUCUAAGAGACUCGGGGACUCCAGCAGGUGGCUGGAGCCCAAACCCUCCUGGAGUUAUGGAGGGAGCCACUGAAGCUAACUUCAGUGAGAGAAAGACAUUUGGAAUCUGCAAUACGCCCUUCCCGGUUGACCAUUCCGUAACUUGUAACCUGACCCUGCCGGAGUCUUAAACUGCCGCAGGCUUUGCUGGAGUGUGGCCAGAGAGCGCAGGAUGGGAGAGGGAAGAAGGGGUGGGAAGAAAAAGAGAGAUUUUCACGUCCCCCUUGUAAAGGAAAUCUUGGCCAAGUCACCAUUCUGAAAUGACCCUAAAGAAUGACUUAAAGUAGACCAGAGGCCAGUCUGCCCCUUCCUGCCGAGAGCUUCUCCAACAGGGGCCACACACUGUCUGCUUCAAACAGAGCUAAAGCCUGCCGUCCUUGUUGGUCAAAGGAGCAUGUGCGACCUUAAAUGGGCUCUGCCAAUGUGGCCGGCAGCCCGGGAACCAGGUAUUCGGGCACUGUGUUGUCAAUGCCUGCCCUCUGAGUUUACAUGUUGAAUUGCUUCCAAGGGUGAAGAGCCUGCUCUGUGAAUGCUCUGAGACCCCGAAGGCCAACCUCAUGCUGGGUCUAUGUAUGUUCUUCUGAAGCACUGAUGAUCAAAAUUGAAGACACAUUCAGAGGGUUUUGAUUGGUUGAAAUUAAUUGGUUUGGUGGUUGGUAUAUGUGUAUUUUUUGAUGUCUUUGUAUGUAGUUCUGCAUAACGCAAACUCUCUGAUGGACAAGACCUCAUAACUGUGAUUAAUAUCAAUAAAGGGGAUAUUGUUGUGGAUGA